GCAGUGUGAAUGGAGGAUUGAAGCUUCUAAUAUAACAGAUGCUAUAAGGAUGGAAAUAACUGAUGCAGAAAUAGAAUACCAUGCUAGCUGUGUGUAUGACCACGGUGAAGUUUUCGACGGUUACAAUGUGUCGGCAGACUCUCUAGGCAAAUUUUGUGGCAGAGAUAACCCGUCGUUUGUCAGCACGGGCAACUACAUGGCUGUCUCAUUCAAGUCGGAUUAUAGUCUACCAGCAAAAGGAUUUAAGGCACGCUACAAGUCAGGUCCAAGAUCAAGUCUACUUGACAAGGAAGAUGAUGAACAACAAGUCAAUAUGCUGGCCAUUGUUGGUGCUUCUAUCGGCUCUGUUGUUUUUAUCAUUGUUGUAAUGACAAUGGUAUAUACCUAUAUACAGGCCAAGAAAGCGAAAGAGAUGCGGAGGAACCCCCAUUUACACCGUGGUAUGGCACGUGUCGAGCCAUUUAGUUUUGGAGGUGGGUGGAGUUACCUUGACGGACCGGCUCCUCCAGCUUACGGGGAGAUUUAUUCAUCCCCAAUGUCACCCCCACCACAGUAUAGUGAAAUAGAUCCAAAUGUGAACCCCUCUGAACGUCUACCAGGUCGCCGGGAAUAUAUGGCUGAUAAUCAGGCAGCUGAAACAGAACAAACUCAAGGAAAUCAACGGGAGAGAACAGAUACGAUUGCAAACACACAUUUUAUGAUGACAAGUAGCUUACGUAAUAUACAAGCAAUCACUCAUUCAGCCGGCAGACGGCCAAUAUCUGUAGCUCAAAGUACAACUGAUUCCUUACAAACUUUAAACCCGGCUUUACUCAAUACUGCCGGAAAUAGUUCGGGUACCAAUGACAAUAAUGCUGGUAUCAAUUUGCCAGGCCAAACUGAUAGUCUUCCUUCAGCAGUUGCACCGAUUUCAACUACUUCCUCUGAUAGAGUUGGGGUCACAUCUAACAUUUGUCAAAAUAACACACAUACUCAAUCUCAAAGGGAAACAACUGAUGGCUUGUCUCAGUCCGCUCAAGAUAGCACAGUUACCUCCCGUAAUCUAUCGGCGGAUGGAUUUGUCUCCCCUGGACCUAACGUGCAAGACAUCGAUGAUAAUAUCUCAGUUGUAUCAGAAAUGUCACUUCCACCUUUACCUGUACAGGAUACUAACUAGAGUGAUUCAAUGUUUAUGUUUAAUUCAGCGAGAUCCUAGUUUAGACAGAAGCAAGAUAAGCUUUGUUUUAUAUGGCGAUGAUGCCGCCCUUUUGCAUCUGAUACCAUUUUAGAAAAUUUUAAUUUAUCUUAAACACGGUAUAUUGAAGCAAUUACAUUUUUUUUUAUCAUCAUUUUAAAGUGAAAUAAUUAACAAACAGACACUUUUCAUGUCAUUUUAAGAAGUUGUAUUUCUAUAUAUAAAGGUUCAUUAAUUAAGAAGUUGUAUUUUUAUAUAAAGGUGAAUCAAAUAUAUCAGUACCAAUUGAUAUAUUACACUGGAAUCAAUACAGUGUACAAAUUUUUGUGAAUGUUAUUGUGCCCAUUAUUUUCAUUUAAACAUUUUUUAUAAUUUUAUUGUUCUGUAAAUUUUCUUCGCGUGCUAAUCAUCUAACGUGCUCCAAAUCUAAUAAUGAAAUAUGAUUACAAGAUAGUAUCCUUCCUUCAGAGUCAGAUUUGUUAUAGCUGGUACCUGUAAGCGAUAUUAGAUCGUUCUGUCUCAUCAUUAAGAUAUUUUGCAGACACUGUAUUUUAAACCGCGUUUUAUAAUUUUUCUAUGGAUUGAAAUUGCAAGUUUGUAUAUUCUUAAACCAGUUAUGUGCCUUUAUUUGUUAUCAUAUUUUUACUUAUUUCUACUAUAUAAUCAAAGUUUAUAGAUUUGCAUAGUUCUAAAGUGACUGACGUAUUGAUACAUGUUAUAUUAGUUCUUACACUUGUUAAAUGUUUUCAAGAAGUUUUACAUGUUGUUAUUUAGUAUUAUAUAUGGGGCUUUAAAAUAAUGUUUCAUAAAUGUAAGAUUCAGAGUUGGUGUAAAGUAUUAAGCUUUUAAGAAAUCUACUAGCGUCUUCCGAGUGCUAAGAUUUGACUUUUGUUUAAAUAUUUUAUCAUUAUUUUAAGAGAAUUUAGUGAGACGUUAAUAUUUUAAAAAGAAAUUUAAAAAGCUAUGAAGAAAUUUAAGUUGAGCACUACCUUUAUAAGAAAUUUUAAUUGCGUAUACGAAUGUAUAAGAAAAUGUUUUAAUGUUUAUACAGUUUUUAAGGUUGAAGUUAAUAUGACGAAAUGUGCUUUUAAUGUUUCAGAUAACAUUGUUAUAGAUGCUCUAUGUUUUUAAUAUUUAUUAUGUUUUUAUAAUAACUCAAGUGUAUGAUGCAUUGUUAUGUUGAAAAUAAAUCAAAAUGAUAUAAUAUAU